GUGAAAUAUCCCACCCUUAAGGCCGCUCCAGAUCCAGGAGAGCUGAUUUCACACAGACGGCUGGUCAGGAGGUUUGGAGACCCGUUUCCGAUGACCGCGGUCCGGCUCACUGGAGGAAGGAGGGGCAGAGCGGCACCCAGAGGAGCCCAGAUGAUGGACGUCCGUCCACUUCGUCGAAACACUCUCGCAGAGACUCAUCUUCAUCUUUGUCCCUCUCUGAGGACAAUGUGGAGAGGAGGUUCUGCAGAGAGUCGUUGAGGCUGAGCAGCAGAGGCUCGUACAGUGUGGUGUGGAGGUGGAGUGGUGAUGUUUCGGAGAGCCAAAGCGAACAGGACAGUGGCAGCAGCUGCGGUUUGUCCAGGUCCGACAGCUGGGAAGGGUGGCUGUGCCCUCCGCUGCCGGGUCAAGUUGCUGAAGAGCCAUCAGAGACUUCAAGAGGCCGAACUGCUCGGAGUGCCAUGGAGUCUUCUCCUGUGAACAAGAGCUCAACAGGAAAGCCUACAAGGAAGAGGAAAAGAUUUGGUCGUUUCCUCCACUGGCUAUGGAAGGCUAUGAAGGGUUCUUUCUGCUGCCGUUGCCACAGUUGUGCUGUGGAUGUUGUCGAGCCUUUUGUCCCUCCAGCAGAUCUGGAGCCGGAGCCAGAGCCUGAUCCAACAUCACCACGUGAUCCUGAUCCAACAUCACCACCUGAUCCUGAUCCAACGUCACCACCUGAUACUGAUCUCUCCGGUGUCGAGCCAAAUAAUGAGUCCUUUGAGUCUCUUUAUGAAGCGGGAGCGAUGAUUGGAUGCGGAACGUUUGGCAGUGUGUACAGGGGAACACGCAAACUUGAUGGCAAAAGGGUUGCCAUCAAGCGGAUGCGCAAGUGUGACAACUUUCAUUAUCUUGACAUUCCUGGGCAUCCCGAACCUCUCAUUACAGAAGUGGCGCUGCUGUUAAUGAUGAGGCGAGAACCCAUAAGCCCCUACGUCAUACAGCUGUACGAGUGGUUUGAACACCCUCGCAAAUUCUCUCUCAUCAUGGAGUUCCCCGAACCCUGCGAGAGCUUGAAGGACUUCAUCACUCGCCGUGAUCCUGAUGUGUGUGAAACAAUAGCACGGGUCUUCACGCAACAGGCUGUUCUGGCAGUUCAACACUGCAUCGAGCAUGGCGUUUUUCACAACGACGUUCAUGCGCAGAAUUUCCUGCUGAAGAGAAACUCGUUAGACCUCAAGCUGAUAGACUUUGGCUGCGGUCAGCUAUUCAGCAGCGAGGGCUACGAGAGCGACAUAUACCUUGGAAGAAAUGAUCACUGCCCACCUGAAGUCUUCACAGAGCCCAGAUUCCACGCCGUCCCAGCAAAUGUCUGGGCUCUGGGAGUGAUGCUGUACGAGAUGCUCAACGGAUCUUGUCCUUUUCAGAGUAGAACGGAAGUCAUCGAAGCCAAAGUUACAUUUCCCAAUUCCAACUUAUCCAGGGAAUGCAGUGAUCUGAUUAGGCAGUGUCUAGCCCGGGAUCCAGCGAAACGGCCCACGUUAGAGCAGAUGUCCCAACAUACAUGGAUUAGAAACGAUCUACUGUAGGAGUUCAGGAGAUUCACUCGAUCAUGAUUGAUGAUUUCAGGAAAGAACACACUUGCUGUCCUUGGUGGAGUGCUUGAGCUGGAGACUCGACCCGAAUCCUGAAGUCCAACCCCAACCUGACAGGAACUC